CACCCUAAUGUUCCGGACGGCGUCGCUUGUUCCCCAUUCCGCAAGUUGUGACUUCAAUAAGAUAAUACCGGUGGGAUCUAUGAGCAUCUCACUAUGCCCGGGCACGAUAAUUAUUCAGCGUAUAGAUAGCUGAUCAAUGAGAUAGUAGCACAAGUCUUUAGCUGUCUAUGCUCGCUGAAGUGUAUAAGUAGGCCCUUCUUACCGCUGCUAUAAUGUUCAGUCAUUGCCUUCUUUUGUAAGCGUUCGUUUCCCUCUUGAUAGAGUCUCUGAGUUCCUUCGAUUAGUUUCUACCGUCACUCCCGUUAGACGAUCUCCAAAACCAUCAUGGUUCAUGCUCCAGUUACAGAUCCAAUCAAGAAGUAUGGGUUAGCACAUAUGGCCGUGAGGGACAAUUUCAAAGACCUAGAACUAGACCGCCCAGACUACCGUGGCCAUGGAAAAUCCAUUGAGGUGACCAAAUCUCCGGACCCGCACUGGCAAUAUGGCCAAGGCACAAGUGAUGGUGGCGCCAGCUUGGAAAAGAAACACCGUGAAAUCGACCCGUAUGCAGAGGACCGUCACUGGAUCGCCAACUAUCGUCUGUUGACUUCUGGAAUCGUACCGCGAUCAAUUGGCGUGAUCAGCACCAUCAGUGCUGAUGGCAAGAAGAACCUGUCCACAUUCAGUUACUUCCAAGUUAUUGCGCAUGAUCCUCCUAUGUUUAUUCUCGGUCUCGCUGCCCGACCCGGUCGAGCCAAGGACACAUACUAUGGUCUGAAGGAGACCGGGGAAUGCGUCAUCAACACGGUGUCUGAGCACAUGGCCGAGGCUGCCAGUGCUAUGUCUAUCGAUGCCCCAUAUGAUAUCUCCGAGUGGGAUAUCUCUGGUUUUCACGAAGCGCCAAGCAGGAAAGUGAAGCCAUCGCGGGUCAAGGAGUCUGUUUUCUCAAUCGAGGGCAAAGUGGUCGAUAUCAAGCAAUUCACGGACCCGGGUAACCCAGAAAUGAGCGUUAUGUCUCUUGCUCUGAUCAAGGCUGCGAACUACUGGAUCCAUGAAGAUGCAGUCAAUGACGAUGCUACUCACAUUGAUAUCAACAAACUGAGACCCGUUGGACAGCUUGGGGGGUUGGCUUUCGCUACUCUCGCAUCUACUUUUGAGAUACCCCGAGUACGAUGGGAUUCUGAACAGUCGAAAGAGUCCAUGGUGUCUGCUCUUCAGAAGAAUAGAGUUGAUUAAGUGUUUGUGGAUCGUUAAACUGCGAGAAAGUGGCCAAAGGUACAUAAUUUUCGUGGGAUUCAGACUGCGAUAUCGAUAGACAUAAUUCAUUAAUAGAAGUUGUUCUCAUUUUCUAUUUUCGGCUGAAGCACAGUUUGACGACAGAAUUUGCUGUCAUCCUUGAUCCAGCAGUGUGGUUCAGUGUAGAACAAGCUCUUGUCAUCUAGUGAAGUCUAGUCUUUCUGAUCUAGUAAAGACAAUACAUGAGCAGGAUAUGAACUUACUAAGAAUUUUAUAACCAGCAGCGAUUUGCAACACCGGAUUUGGUAGAUCAAUAGCAAUUUGCCUUCCAAUUCUACGAGAUGCUCGAAUAACAAGAGCGACGCGUUUAUUGGCAGUCGUCACGUAACGCUACUGGGCCAGCAAACAUCGCUCCUUUAAAGUUGAUCUCGGGCAACUAGGAAGUUAUACAAGUAAAGAUAAA